AUGGUAAUCUACUCUUCUUUACACUGUGCCUUGAUAGACGUCAUUUUGUUCCUUGGAAAACAAAAAUACAGUGCACUGAAUCGCCGUCUUAGUUAAAAUGCCGUGCGAGAGUUAAAAACUUAAAAUAAUCUGACCAUUGGCAGAACUACCAUACAUAACCGAGGUUUCGCACUUCUAGUUAAACUCAAUCCUGAGACUCGACAACAUAAAAAUAUAAGUUUUGAUCCGACAUUACUGUGGGGAUUCUUUGCCAUUCCUCAGAGCAGGAUAAUGGUAUCAGUGGCCAUUACAGUGCCCCUAAGUCCACUUCGAUUGCAAAAGAGUGUCGAGCGCGAUUUCAGUAUGUUCUGAAGACACUCUUAUGCCGUUCUGCAGAGUGGUAGAUAUAUUAAUGCAUAUAAAGCCUUCCCUCUUGGAAGGGAAUAAAAUGAAUAAGCUCACGAUAUAACUGGAAAUAGGGGAAAAUGGGGACAGUAGUAAAGAAAAUGAGCGAUGGAAGAAUAAUAAUACGAUCAAAGGAAGCACUCCAGUAACUUAACGCCGGUCAUAAUCGAGGUAGACAUUUGUGAAUUAGUUGGGCGACGAAGAUGAUGUUCUUUAAUAUACAAAGCCUGCUCGGUCGAACGAAAUUUGCCAGAAAUUUGGUUAAGUAGUGCUCACCAGACAGGAGAGAUUUAACAGGAAAGUGACUUUCCAAAUCAACUAGAGAACUUUAGGUAUCCAUCAUACGUUAUCAGUACUUUAGAAGGCACAAGAGAAGCCGAGGAUAACUUUGCCUUUUUAAUUGUAACUGCAAUUCCAUCGCAGUCCCCGAGCAGAACAGCAUGACACCCGAAAUGGAUCUUUUUUGUAACUAUUUCCAAUACAUACGUUCGCCAUUCUCACUUGCGGUUAUGUAUUGUCUCAAAACCGGACUGCCAAACGCCAUAUCUUUCUCAUAACUAAAGUGAACGACACCUGCUGAAUGGGGAUAUUCAUCUUGUUGGAAAAUAAUAUUUUGAGUAUAUACUAGUAGAUUAAAACGGUGUUGGGCAUAUUUCUGGAGAUGGUAGAACAAGAGCUAUUCUGCCAGAACCUAGCAUUCGGGGCAAACGAUAAGCAAGGACAACGUCCAAACUGUUCAGGUCUCAGCACAGCCCGAGCGGAGAUAGCGUUUUCGAAAGCUCUUCAGUUGCACACAGGCAGGACACACGAACAACUAAUUCGAACACUUUUGCGGACAUUUUUUUUAUUCAGCCCAUAUUUUAUUUUUGCAAAGCAAUUUCCAUUUUUCGCAAACACACGUGAAUUUGUUUCCUCGCUUAGCCACCGAAAAAGGGAGGAAAAAAGGGGGAAAAAAGUGGAUCGAAGGAGGAGAAACCUAUCGAAGGAAAUUCAGCCGACAAGGACUCCGACAAAAAGAAGGCGAAAGAUCCUGCAACUAAGGAGAAACCACAAGCUACUCCUGUAUCAAUACCUCGCCCUGUUGACAUCCUUGAUCCACCAGCAAUAGAUAAUCUCUACUAUAUUGCCCAUGACGUGGCUUCGGCAAUGGCUUACCGUAAUUACGGCUGGCCCCUUGGCAAGAAGAAAAAGAAGAAAUUUUAG